GAGAAGGUUCUACCAGAAAUUACAAAAUUCAGGAUUACAAUAUGUAUUAUCCAAUAGAUCAGUCUAUUUACAACGCUAAUUAUAGUUCAAAUGUACAUCAAAAUUAUAUUUAUCCAAUUGCUACGAUUUCUGAUGAUAUUACCAAGAAUACUGUGACAGCAAUUACAACAGAAAUACGACAUGCCGAUGAGAAAAAUAUCGAAAUUUUUCUUGGGAAAAACGAUCAAACAAAGAAUACAAAUGACCAGAGAACGAUUCAAAGAAAGUCUAAAAUUGCAUUUGCUAAAGAUACCAUAACGGCAGCAUAUAAAUUGAAUGAAAAGUUGAAAAUACUUUGUGAAGAACUUAAAAAUAAUCAAAACUUAUCGGAAGAAGAAUGGCAAGAGAAAAUGAACAUUUGUGAUACAGCAAAGAGUGAAAUUAUGAAAUUGUUAAAUUCUAUAAAAGAUCCAAAUUUCUUAAAUCAGUUGAAGAAAGAUUUAGAAAGACGCAAAAAAAAGAGAUUAAGGGAGAAAAUUAGAAGAGAAAAAUGGAAACAUGAGAAGAUAAUGAAAAUGGAAAGAAGAGCAAGACUGAUGGUAGAAGAACAAGCUGUAAUAGAAAAAGAAAAGCAAGAAGAAAAUUUACGUAAAGAUGCAGAUUUAAUUUUAUCUGAUAUUAGAGGAAAGCGAAGCGAUGCGAGAAAAUAUCUUGGAUUGUUACAGGAAUUACAAAAUCUACGGAAUGUUAAAGUCAAUAUUGCCAGAGCAAGAGGAGAACAUUUGUCUUUAGCAGCGGAUGAAGCAUUUAACAAUAUCAUAGCUAAGUUAACAGAACUAUGGUCAGCACUUGAUAGAGAAUAUUCCAUAGAAGAACAAGGUCUAAAAUUAAUGUUGAAGACUGAUAAUGAAGAAAGAAUUGAGAAACAAAAGAAAAAUCUGUUUGAUGAAUGGGAAAAUGUAUUAUUUGGAAAAAAAAUAUUAACAAAUGAUCAAUACGAUACUGAUUUAUCUAAUUUUAUUAAUAUUAGAACUGCUUGGGACAGAUAUAUAAGUACAGAUAGUAAUGCAUCAUCAAUUCCAAUCGGAUGGGUAAUACCUAAUAAACCAUCUUCUGCUGCCUGGCAAAAAUGUCUCAAAAAAGAAAUACCAUGAAGUAAAUGAAUAAACUGUAGUUUACGAAUAUAAUUACACUUUGAUACACGCCUUGAUAAUUUAUAUUAUAUGAACACAAAUGCAUGUAAUGUAAUUUACAUUCACAAAAAAUGUAAAAAACUUCUUUGGUCUACUACAUAUUAUCCAUUUAAUAUUUAUAUUCAAUUUUUAGUAUUUUAUUUUAGUAUCUUAAUUUAAAAAGUCUAGCGAGUGAAAGUAUAAUGAUAAAUAUUUUAAUUUUUAUUAAAAUAUAUAUGAAAAAUAUGUACAAACUUUUCUAUGAUACACGGUGAGACAAUAUAACGUGUUAUAUUCAUGCUAUACUUAAAAUUAGGUUCUUUUGAGCGGCACUUGAAGGUUCCAAAAUGUGACUGUCUUUUACUACCGUGGGAGGUACAGUCUCU